AUGUCUCUCCACGUUCCUCUGCCCCAUCGGUCUGCCACUCCAGUGGGCGCUGCCACGAAGGCUGUGAUUCUGGUCGGCGGCCCCUCUCGUGGCACGCGAUUCCGCCCUCUCUCGCUUGACCUCCCCAAGCCCCUCUUCGAAGUCGCCGGCCACCCCAUCAUCUGGCACUGCCUCUCGUCCGUCGCCCGCGUCAAGCAAAUCCAAGACGUCUACAUCAUCGGCUACUACGACGAGUCCGUCUUCCGCGACUUCAUCAAGGACUCGGCCAAGGAGUUCCCCGGUAUCAACCUGCGAUAUCUGCGCGAGUACGAGGCGCUGGGCACCGCUGGCGGUCUGUACCACUUCCGAGAUGCCAUCCUCAAGGGCCGCCCCGAGCGCCUCUUCGUCCUCAAUGCCGACGUCUGCUGCUCGUUCCCGCUGGAGGAGAUGCUUAAGCUCUUCAUUGAAAGGGACGCCGAGGCCGUCAUCCUCGGCACCCGCGUCAGCAACGAUGCCGCGUCCAACUUUGGCUGCAUUGUCUCCGACUCCCACACCCGCCGAGUGCUUCACUACGUCGAGAAGCCCGAGUCGCACAUCAGCAACCUGAUCAACUGCGGCGUCUACCUCUUCUCCACCGAUGCCAUCUUCCCGUCUAUUCGAUCUGCUAUCAAGCGCCGCACCGAUCGCCCGGCCCGCCUCGUCUCCUACCCCUCCUCCGACAACUUGGAUAACUUCACCAUGCCCCGUGCUAUCGCCGACGAUGAUGAUGAUGAGGACAAGAAGGAGGUCAUCCGCCUCGAGCAGGACAUUCUGGGAGACAUGGCCGACAGCAAGCAGUUCUUCGUCUACGAGACCAAGGACUUUUGGCGCCAGAUCAAGACUGCCGGCUCUGCGGUGCCCGCCAACGCGCUGUACCUUCAAAAGGCCUCGCAAAUUGGCAGCGACGAACUUGCCCCCGCAAGCGCCAACAUUGUUCCCCCCGUCUUCAUCCACCCUACCGCCGAUGUCCACCCCACUGCCAAGCUUGGCCCCAACGUCAGCAUCGGACCCCGCGUCGUCGUUGGCGCUGGUGCUCGUAUCAAGGAGAGUAUCGUGCUGGAGGACUCUGAGAUCAAGCACGACGCCUGCGUUCUGUACUCCAUCAUUGGAUGGGGCAGCCGUGUUGGCGCUUGGGCCCGUGUUGAGGGCUCACCUCUUGCUGCUGGCAGCCACUCAACCAGCAUUAUCAAGAAUGGUGUCAAGGUGCAGAGCAUUUCUAUCCUUGGCAAGGACUGCGGCGUUGGCGAUGAAGUUCACGUGCAGAACUGCGUCUGUCUGCCAUAUAAGGAGCUGAAGAGGGAUGUCGCCAACGAAGUAAUUAUGUAA